GAUGGCAGAACGAAGCUCACUCAUUACUUCACUGGAUUCCCUAAGAUCACUCAUAAAUAUGCAGCCAAGAGGUAAGGAGGGAGAAGAGCAUCUCUCCACGGCAGACCAUGCAUAAGCGAUCCACCCUCGUGGAUGAGGUCAUUGGACCGAUAGAGAGUUCCUGACGGCGGGAGAAGCCUUUAUGCGCCGCGGCCAGCAACCCGGGCGAGGAUGUCCAUCGGUCCAGAUUCUCCUCUUUCCUCCACACUCUAUAUCUUUCGCACUCUCCGCUUGCACCGGAUAGAUCUCAGCCGCUCGAUCCACGCGCCAGGAUACUCAGAAGAUACAAGCAAGCCUCAAUUUCCGUCACAAUGGCAGCCCGUAACACGCUCCGUCGAGCUCUUCUCUACAUUCCCGGCUCCUCGCAACGCUUCAUCGACAAAUCCCGCACCCUAACCGCCGACUGCGUGGCCUACGACCUCGAAGACAGCGUGACUCCGCACAAGAAAGCGGAAGCCCGCUCCCUGGUGCGGAGGGCGCUCGACCAGCCGGCACCAGAGGGGAUUCGCGAGCGCGCCGUCCGCAUCAACUCCGUGGACAGUGGUCUCGCCCUGAGCGAUCUCACCGAAGUCCUCCAAUCCCCCAACCUCACCACAGUCGUAAUUCCCAAAGUCAAUUCCCCCUCGGACCUAACUUUCGUCACCGACGUGAUCACCCACACCCUCUCCCAGCAACAACACAACCCAGAUCGUCCGCCCAUCUCCCUCCUCGCCCUCAUCGAAUCCGCCAAAUCCCUCACCAACCUCACGCAGAUCUGCGCCUCCACCCCGCUCCUCCAAGGCUUGAUCUUCGCCGCCGAGGACUUCGCCUUGGACCUCAGUCUCACGCGCACCCCCUCGCUCACCGAGUUCCUGUUCGCGCGGUCGAUGAUCGCCACCGCGGCCCGCGCGGCGGAACUCCCCUCGACGAUCGAUCUGGUGUGCACCGCCUACCGAUCGAGCAAGGGCGACGGGUCGCCCCCCGCGGUCUUGGAGGAGGAGUGUCGCGACGGUCGCCGGUUGGGGUUCAAUGGGAAGCAGUGUAUCCAUCCGUCGCAGGUGGAGACCGCGCAGCGGAUCUUCGGGCCGGAUCCUGAGGAAGUCCAGUGGGCGGUGCGGGUGUGCAUCGCCGAUGACAAAGCGGCGCAGGCCGGGCGUGGGGCCUGGACGCUGGAUGGGAAGAUGAUCGAUGUGCCUGUGGCGGAGAAGGCGAGGGCUGUGGUCAAGAAGGCGGAGGCGUGCGGGUUCAAUGUGCGGGAGUUGAGGGAGAAGUGGAAGGGUCAGGAGCCGGAGUAA